UCAGAAUCUUGACUCAGUAACUCUAUGGCAUAUGGCAUCUCUGGAAACAAAGACAGAUCCCGAGCAAGGUGCUAAAUGACGGUCAGGCAGAUAUUCUGAAAUUCCAAUCGAACCGAUCCGAACCCCCACUUCUCCAGAUGGAUAUCGAUUUAAGCAGGAGGAACAAAAAGCCCCGCCUUCUGUUGGAAUCCGAAAGAGAGAGGCUUGAGGAAUUCAUUGACUCUAUACACUACUCAGCGAGAUAUUCUGACGACCAGUUUGAGUACCGACAUGUUCAGCUUCCCAAAAACAUGCUGAAGAAGAUUCCCGCCGACUAUUUCGAUAGCUCAAAAGGAACGCUGAAAUUGCUAUGGGAGGAAGAAUGGAGGGCACUCGGUAUCACUCAGAGUCUGGGGUGGGAACAUUACGAGGUCCAUGAGCCAGAGCCACAUAUCCUCCUUUUCAAGCGGCCCCUGAAUUAUCAACCUCCGGUUUCCCAGUAACUGUGGUAAUCGAUAGAUACAUUGCGGGCCCAAUUGAUUUCACGUUAAGCACUGACGGGGCACAGUCCCAUUUAAGUUAUGGGUAUUACAACAAGGAGAUUUUUCCAGGGCAGGGCAACAAUGAUCAUACACCGUUC